UACAUCUUGAUUGGAAGACAACGACAACGGGAAGUAGCUGUGGCACCAAGCAAAGUUUAAGCAAAAGAGACAUCCACACCCACCCCCACAGUUACACACUUUCUCCAACAAGGCCAUACCCACCCUGGCAAAGUCACACCUCCCAAUAGUGCCACUCCCUAUGAGCUUAUGGGGGCCAAUUACAUUCAAGCUACCACACUACCGCUGGGACACACAUAAACUUACCUUCAGGCAUAGCAUAUGAAAACGUACCAGUGCAUUUUUAUUAACUAAUUAUAGUAAAGAUGGAUCAUUUCUACUCUGAAAUGUCUUAUCACAGGAAUUCAUGGAGUCCAAAUCUGAGAGCAAUGGAACAGCAGUUACUGAGUUCAUUCUUCUGGGCUUGGUAGAGUCAACAGGGCUGCAGCCAGCCAUCUUUGUGAUCUUCUUCUUUGCCUACCUGCUCACAGUUGGGGGCAACCUAAGCAUCCUGGCAGCUGUCUUGGUGGAACCCAAACUCCACACUCCCAUGUACUUCUUCCUGGGGAAUCUGUCCAUGCUGGAUGUGGGGUGCAUCAGCAUCACUGUUCCCUCAAUGUUGGGUCGUCUCUUGACCCACAAGCGUUCAGUUCCUUAUGGAGCCUGCCUCACACAGCUCUUCUUCUUCCAUCUGCUGGCUGGCGUUGACUGCUUCCUCUUGACAGCCAUGGCUUAUGACCGGUUCCUGGCCAUCUGCCGACCCCUCACCUACAGCACCCGCAUGAACCACACAGUCCAGAGGAUCUUGGUGGCCACAUCCUGGGCUUGUGCCUUCAGCAAUGCACUGACACACACUGUGGCCAUAUCCACACUCAACUUCUGUGGCCCCAAAGUGAUCAAUCACUUCUACUGUGACCUGCCCCAGCUCUUCCAGCUCUCCUGCUCCAGCACCCAGCUCAAUGAGCUGCUGCUCUUUGGUCUGGGGGUCCUCAUGGCGGGUGCACCUGUGAUUCUCAUCGUCACCUCCUACAUCCAUGUGGCAGCUGCAGUUUUGAGAAUCCGAUCUUCUGAGGGCAGGAAGAAAGCCUUCUCCACAUGUGGCUCCCACCUCACUGUGGUGGGCAUCUUCUACGGGACAGGUGUCUUCAGCUACAUGAGGCUGGGUUCAGUGGAGGCUUCAGACAAGGACAAGGGCAUUGGCAUCCUCAACACUGUCGUCAGUCCCAUGCUGAACCCACUCAUCUACAGCCUCAGGAACCCUGAUGUGCAGGCUGCCCUGAGAAGGGUCCUGACAGGAAAGUGAGACGUGGCAUGAGGCUGAGCAGGAGGGAGGAAAACACAGCAUAAACUGGGCAUGGCUGUGCGUGCCUGUAAUCCUAGCACGUGAGGAUGGAGGCAGUGGGAUGCGAAAUUCAGACAGCAACUCUGGGGGCAGCCUAUGCUGCACGGUGACCUGUUUCAA